CUUUAAUUCAAAAGCUGAAAAUUUUCUACUACUAUUUCACUUUGCUUUUGUCUUCACCCUCCUCUUCCUCUUUCCCCAAAAAACUCAGUUCAGUUCAAUCACUCCUCUCUUUCUCUCUCAUUUCAAAUCUAGGGUUUUCUUUUUUCCUUUUCACUUUUCCUGUUUGAUGUGCCUUAGCACAGUUUUUUUCAUCUUUUUCACUCAAAAUUACUAUGUGGGGUGGGCUUUUAGAGCUACAAAUAUUAAGCAUUCUUCUAAGUAAAGCUUAAAUGUAUGAUCUUUAGUAGUUUUAUUCCUUCAAAAUUCAACCUUUACUUUUUCCCUCACUCCAAGAUUUCAUUUUUUUGUUAUCUUUAGCUUUUUCCUCAACUUCCUGAAAAACCCAUCUUAAACCCUUGUUAGCAAUUCUUUAAAAAAGUUUUUUUUCUUGGUUUAAUUAGGUUUCUGUUGUUGGUUUUUGUCUUUUGGUUAAUUAAACUUCAAAAAGUUACAAUCUUUAGUAAAUAGAAGGAUCAAGACUCAGUUUUUUUCCUUGUGGGGUGUAAAAUUUAGUGAGUAAAUGCAUGGAUGUAAGAGAAGGAAUGACACUAUCUGGUUCUGCAGCUAAUUACUAUCUUAACAGAGGGAUUAGUGGUUCUGGUUCAGGGCCAAGUCCUGGUGCUGCUAGUGGAACUGGGACACCCAGUGGUGUACCUGUAUCACCUGGUUUUAAGUCCCUAACAAAUGCUAAUAUUGCAGUUCAGUCCAAUAUAGGGAGUAGUAGUACUGGUAAUGUGAACUCAACUUACCAAGUUGAGAAUCCAUCACCUAAUUUUGGUCAUGGAAUUAACAUUAGUAUGGCCUCUAGUGUUUCACCUAGUGGUAGUGAUCCAGUGAAAAAGAAAAGAGGCAGGCCUAGGAAAUAUGGUCCUGAUGGGACAAACAUGUCUUUAGCAUUGUCUCCUUUGUCUAGUAACCCUUCAAGUGGUGGGUCCAUUACUCCUGGGCCGAAGCGAAUACGGGGCCGGCCUCCUGGUAGUGGGUGGAAGCAACAAUUAGCUGCUGUUGGUGAAUGGAUGAGUAGUUCGGCUGGAUUGGCUUUUACUCCUCAUGUUAUACACAUUGGUGUAGGAGAGGAUGUUGCGGCAAAAUUGUUGGCAUUUGCACAGCAGAGGCCUAGGGCUUUAUGUAUCUUAUCAGCUAAUGGCGCAGUUUCAGCUAUAACAUUACGCCCCCCUGCCAGUUCUGGUGCCACUGUUACUUAUGAGGGCCGUUUUGAGAUACUAUGCUUGUCUGGUUCAUAUUUGGUUGCUGAAAAUGGUGGCCCACGCAAUCGCACUGGUGGUAUAAGUAUCUCGGUUUGUAGUCCUGAUGGGCAUGUAAUUGGAGGUGCUAUAGGGGGUAGGCUCAUAGCUGCCAGCCCUGUUCAGGUAGUUGUAUGCAGCUUUGUAUAUGAUCCAAAGGUAAAGAGCAAACCAGAAAGUACUACUCCCAUUAAAGAGGAGAAAGAGUCUGCUGAAAAGUCAUCUACACCAAUUGCUGCUACUCCGAGUCAAGAUCCUACUUCAGGUUCUGGCACGGGUGUUUGGCCUCCAAGUUCCCGGCCGGAUGUAAGAAAUUCCCAGACUGGGAUUGACCUAACACGUGGAUGACACAAUUCACUGCAAUGCACACAUGACGGUUUUGUAUAUAUGUGCUUUUGUAAAUGAAACGCGCGCCAGGAGAUCAGCUCGACGAUUUAACCGUCUGUCUAUUAGUAGGAUGAUGGAUUAUGCUAACUCUGUAACAAAAUUCUUCUUUUUAGGUACUGUUAAAGUAGUAAUGGUAGGGGAUGAUGGCUGUCGAAAGUAAAAUGCAUUAUUGCAUUUGUAGAAGGUUAAGUGUGAUGGACCAAAUUGUCUGAGGAAAAGUGGUGGAUUUGCUUUUGAUCUCUUUUCUGUAGUAACUUAGAAUAUUUUUUAUCUGGGGACAAAUUAACAAGUCAAAUGAGAGAUCUUUUGCCUCUA